GUUUGAGUCACCAGUUUGAGUCAAUCAGUCAUUACCUGCCUUUAUAGCCCUGUUCCUCACUCUUCGGACAAUUUGAUCAAUUGACUGUCAAUUCUGGCUUCAAAUAUGGCAGCGGAAGGCCAAAAGGACCUGCCUAUCAGGUCGCAAAGCGACGACUCGCUCCCCGAUUUCAUUAUCGAACGAAACAAUCUCUUCGAGGAACUUUGGCAGCAACACCUCGAGGAGACCAAGAACCGAGCGCAUCCCGAAAUCAACGUCACCCUCGAUCUCGGAAAUGGUGCUACGUCUUCCGUCCCCGCUAAAGCCUACGAGACCACCCCGGCCCAACUGCUGAAGAAUGUGCCCAAGGAACUGAGUGCCACUGUGGUCCUCGCCAAGAUCGACAAGAAGGAACUCUGGGAUCUGAACCGUCCUCUGGAGGGCGACUGCACCGUCUCUUAUGUGCCCUUCGACAACCCCGAGGGUCGGGAGGUUUUCUGGCACUCCAGCGCGCACUGUAUGGGUGAGGCCUGCGAGUGCGAAUAUGGGUGUCUGCUUUCGCACGGUCCGCCCACCCCGCAGGGCUUCUUCUACGACAUGGCUAUGCCGGAGGGUCGCGUUGUUCGGGAGACCGAUUGGAAGUCCUUGGAUACCAGGACGCAGAAGGUGUUCAAGGAGAAGCAGAACUUUGACCGCCUGGAGGUGUCGAAAGAGAACCUUCGCAAGAUGUUCUCUUACAGCAAGUACAAGCUGCACUACAUUGAGAAGUUGGUGACUGGAGAAAAGAGCACCGUCUACCGGUGCGGUACCCUUGUCGAUCUGUGCCGUGGACCCCACAUCCAGAACACCGGAAAGAUCAAGACCUUCAAGAUCAUGCAGAACUCCUCUGCCUACUUCCUGGGUGAUCAAUCCAACGACUCCCUGCAGCGUAUUCGUGGUGUUGCGUUCCCGGACAAGAAGCUGAUGCAAGAGCAUCUGAAAUUCCUGGAAGAAGCUGAGAAGCGCAACCAUGUUAAGCUCGGCCGGGAACAGGAGCUUUUCUUCUUCGACGAGGUCUCUCCGGGCUGUCCUUUCCUCCUGCCCAACGGCACCAAGAUCUUCAACGCACUGCAGUCUCUGCUGCGGACGGAGUACCGCAAGCGGGGUUACCAGGAAGUCCAGACCCCCAACAUGUACGACGUGGGGAUCUGGAAGACUUCUGGUCACUGGGCUCACUACAAGGACGACAUGUUCAAGCUGGAUGUUGAGAAGAAGGAGUGGGCGCUGAAGCCCAUGAACUGCCCGGGACACUUUGUUCUGUUUGGCCACCGGGAGCGCAGCUACCGAGAGUUGCCCCUGCGUAUUGCUGAUUUCGGCGUCUUGCACCGCAAUGAGGCGUCCGGUGCGCUGAGUGGCCUGACGCGGGUGCGCAAGUUCCAGCAGGACGACACCCACAUUUUCUGCACGCAAGAGCAGAUCAUGUCGGAGAUCGAGGGUCUUUUCGACUUCUUGCAGUCUAUCUACGGGCUGUUCGGCUUUACCUUCAAGCUGAAGCUCUCCACCCGCCCUGAGAAGUAUCUUGGCGAGCUGGAAACCUGGAACUACGCCGAGGAGCAGCUGAAGAAGGCCAUGACGAAGUUCAUGGGCGACGACUGGAUCAUUGACGAGGGUGACGGUGCCUUCUACGGCCCGAAGAUCGACAUCACCAUCGCCGACGCUCUCAAGCGGGAGUUUCAGUGCGCCACCAUCCAGCUGGACUACCAGGCGCCGCUCAACUUCAAGCUCGAGUACAUGACCAACGAGAAGGCCCAGCCGGGCGCUGCUCAGUCCAAGGAACAGCCCAAGGAACAGCCCAAGGAACAGCCCAAGGAAGGUGAGAACAAGGAGGCGGAGACCAAGGCCGCCGAAUUGGCCGCGGGCCGUGCCCGGCCGGUGGUCAUCCACCGCGCCAUCAUCGGCAGCUUCGAGCGGUUCCUGGGUAUCCUGAUCGAGCACUUUGGCGGUAAGUGGCCGUUCUGGAUCAGCCCGCGGCAGAUCCUGAUCGUGCCGGUCAUGCCGGCGGUGAACGACUACGUGGAGGAGCUGCAGACGAUCCUGCGGGGGGACAAACUGAACGUCGACAUCGACGUCAGUGGCAACACCAUGCAGAAGAAGAUCCGUACCGGCCAGUUGGCGCAGUACAACUUCAUCUUCGUGGUCGGCGCUCAGGAGAAGGAGUCCCGCACGGUCAACAUCCGCAACCGCGACGAUCCGGCCACGCAGAACAAGGGCGUCAUGGUGCCGCUGGAGGAUGCGCGCGUGAAACUGCGCGCGCUGCGCAAGGAGCGCAAACUGGUCAAUUCCCUGUAGAUUGUUUGAUUGUCUUUGUUUUCUUCUUGUUUAUACAUCUUACUUUUCUCGAUCUAGACUAGAUGAUCUAGAGCCAAGGGUGAGCCAGUCAGUUCUUUGCUGUAUGGACGGGGAUCUUCAAUCAAGCCAGACAACAAGGAAAAAGAUAGUUGUCCAUGCAUGAGGAUAUGAAGGAGAUGAUGUGACGGAUUUCUCUGCCGAAUCAAUGAAUAUUUUUC